AUGAGGCCGAUGCAACUCCCACCGCCUUCCGCCUCCCCCUCCGCCUCCGCUCCGGCGCCUCCUAACAACAAGGACAACCGUCCCCAGCGCCGCCGCAAAGACCUCACGCUGCCGCUGCCGCAGCGUGACACCAAUUUGGCGGUACCGCUUCCUCUGCCCCCAUCCACGGCCACGGCUACGGCCAGCGCCGGAGCCACCCAGCAGCAGCAGCAGGUGAUCCCGUUCGCGGAGCUUGAGAGGCUCAACCGCAUCGGGAGUGGGAGCGGGGGGACGGUGUACAAGGUCGUCCACCGGACGAGCGGGCGCGUGUAUGCGCUCAAGGUCAUAUACGGGCACCACGAGGAGUCGGUACGGCGGCAGAUCCACCGGGAAAUCCAGAUCCUGCGCGACGUGGACGAUCCAAACGUGGUGAAGUGUCACGAGAUGUACGAUCAGAACAGCGAAAUCCAGGUGCUGCUGGAGUUCAUGGAUGGGGGGUCUCUGGAGGGGAAACAGAUCCCGCAGGAGCAGCAGCUGGCAGAUCUGUCGCGGCAGAUUCUGCGGGGGCUGGCGUACCUGCACCGGCGACACAUCGUGCACAGGGACAUCAAGCCGUCGAAUCUGCUGAUAAACUCGCGGAAGCAGGUGAAGAUCGCGGACUUCGGGGUGGGUCGGAUUCUGAACCAGACGAUGGAUCCGUGCAAUUCGUCGGUGGGGACGAUCGCGUACAUGAGUCCGGAAAGGAUCAACACGGACAUAAACGACGGUCAGUACGACGCGUACGCCGGGGACAUAUGGAGCUUUGGUGUUAGCAUUUUGGAGUUCUACAUGGGCAGGUUUCCCUUUGCCGUCGGUAGACAGGGCGAUUGGGCCAGCCUGAUGUGUGCGAUUUGUAUGUCUCAGCCACCGGAGGCUCCUCCUUCUGCUUCCCCCCAGUUCAGGGAUUUCAUAUCCCGAUGCUUGCAGCGCGACCCCUCACGGCGCUGGUCUGCCUCAAGGUUGCUGGAACACCCCUUCAUCGCACCUCCUCACUCCAACCACACUCAGCUUCCUCCCAAUCUCCACCAGCUCCUUCCUCCUCCUCCUCCAAGGCCUCUUCCCUCCUAG